AUAGUUCCCAUGGUAGAGUGUCCAUUAAAAGCAAAGAAGAAGGAGUCGAUUUAACCCGCUGUUUGUGCUUUGACUUUGAUCAUUUAAUUUCGUUGUCAAACGAGAGAUGGCGCUUCAACCGUACGCAUGUCAUCUAUUGGUGAGCGCUAUUACUAAUUAUAUCCGUGAUUUAACGAGAAUUGCGGCGCAAUCGCAUGUGUCUACUUCGGGCUUGCCUCUACUAAUCAGUUCUGUGGUUUCCAGGGAGAUGACACUGUCUGGAAAACAACCAGAUAAUUUGAAAAAGUUUUAACAUACAAAGUGUUCUGCUCAAGUCAGAGAAUACCACAACUACAUCUGUUAGUCCGUGUUCAAUUUUUGUUCGAUGAUUGAAGGAGGCAGUUUGAAUUAUUUGAAAAUAAAUUGCGAUGGCAUCCUUAAAUAAAAAUUUUGAGGUAUUAAUUGGGAGACUUAAGGCAGCUCGGGGACAUAUGCCCCAGACAGUGCGAAGAAGGGAUUGGCAAUGGUUUGGGGCCCCUGCGGAUCUAGAAGCUAAUUUAAUUAAAAAGAUUAAGUUUUGUCUCGAAGAAGGAUAUACCAAUUUAAUUACCAAACACGUCAGACUCACAGCAAAACUGAAUACUUUACAAGAAAAUAUUUCAAAACUCACUUCGGAAUUAAAUGAUGUAGUUAGUGAAUCUGUGAACGCCAAGAAGGAAACAAUUCGUAGAUUUGAAGAAGGAAAAAAGUUGCAGCAGAAUGCAUAUGAUACCCAAAUAAAACAAAAAGAAAUUGAGCUUGCUAAUGUAAAACGGGAGAAGGAACUACAAGCACAUCAACUGCAGUGCAAUCUAGAAAUGAUCGAAUCUAGCUUAAUGCUGCGGCACGAUGAAAUGGAGACGGAAUUAACAAAACAGUUGAUCGAUUUAAAUUCUAAGGUCAGGCAUAUUAAAAAUGGAAACGAAGAUAUGCUGGUGGAAAUAAGUCAUUUUGAAAAUCGACAGCGAAUGUUGGAAAUUAAUAAUGUUGAUAAAAUAAAAAUAGUCCAAGAAGAUUUGAAUAAAGAUUUGACACAGUUCUUUGAUGAAGAACUGAUAACCCUAACAAAAUCUCCCAGUAAUGCAGAUAAAAUGGAGGAGGUAAAACCGCCACCAUUAUUGCCCCCGCUGGUAGUUGAAGAAGUUGUUACCAAGGCCAAACACCCAAAGCAGAGUGCAAAUGCAAAGAAAAGUAAUCUGAUGAAAAAGAGAAAAAUAUAUCGAGCUGAAAACAGAGAACAUAUUGAAAUAUUACCAGUUUAUGAAUAA